UUCACCCCUUUUUUGUCGGCAUAAAUGGUACUUUCCAGGAAGUCCUGUACAAUGUGUGAUCCAGAGGUUUUGUCGUGUCUUUGUGAAAAAAAAAAAAUACGAUAAGUAAACGACGUAUUUGUUUUUAAAAGACGACCGAACACUUUUUGAUACAUGGCAGCUUCUUAAAAGAAAUCACAAAUAGUUUAGAGCUCGGCAGCAGCUGAAUAACGGCACCUCUUCUGCUGGAGAGAUAUCAUGCCAGACUGCUUCAGUCUGUGUGCGGUCCUACUGGGUCUCCUCAUUUUAACAUUAGCAGGUUGUAUUUUUUAUUCAGGACUCUUAGCGGAGAUCACUGUGCAAACUUGCUGCCCUACCUUAAAAAAGCUAACUUUCGCCUAUAAAUUCAAAGAAGGAACAUACAAAGACAGCGGGGAACUUUUUAAAGAGGCUCGCUGUGUUGGACUUGGACUCCCAUGUCUUGGAGUGUUUUAUGACGACCCUAAUGAGAUAUCUUCUCCACUCUGCCGAUAUGCAGUUGGCUGCAUUUUGAGCGAGGGAGAAAGCAAAGUUGAUGAGGAACUUCUAAAACACUUCAAGGCAUCAGGGUUUAAUGUCUUCUCCUUCCCCCAAGUCACCCACGUGAUCUCUACCUCAUUCCCUCACAGAGCGCAUUUUUCCACGUACUUCAGAGCAAGAAGAGUCUACCCACAGCUUGAGCACUACAUCAAGGAAAGAAGGCUGUGUGCUCACCCGUUCCUCGAGCUCUACAGAGAUGGUCAGAUCCAGUUCAUCGUCCCCCUGGCUCGGCAGGGGGAUUUUUAUGUGCCUGAGGUACGACAGGCAGAAAGGAGGCUGUCAGAACAAGAGGAAUCUCACAGUGAUACAGACAUCUCAGGUGCAGACUCCAACAGCGAAUACAGUUCAGGGAGUGGCAUUCUGCUGUCAGACAGCAGAGAGAUGUCAUCGGUGGCAUCCUCCAUCCUCUCUGUGCCUGUUCGAGAUCAAGGGAGUGGAGACAGGAAAAGGAGAAGCUCCGGGGGAGCCCAGUUUAAAGAACCGAACUGGGAGUGGACUGGUGGAGACUGGGAAAGGAGAGGAGAGUCCAAAAAAGAGAGCCUGGAGGUCUUCACGGAGGAGUUGUGGGGUGUUGUUGGCGAGGAGGAAUAAUGAUUUAGUGAGACAUGAGCUGAGGAUAACAUCUCUUAUGAAAAGAGCAACAAUGUUAUGAAAAUUAUCAGCAGCAUUUUAAUUAAAAAGUUUUAUAUUUACAAAAAGGUAAAAAUCCACUGGUCUUAGUAGAGUUUUUAUCACUGAAGAGUGUUUUUGGUUGUGCCUCAAUUCAAUACACAGCUGGUGCUAAACUGUGCAGAUGAAUGGCAGGAAAGUAAUACAUGUGGGUUCACAAAGUAACACGAAUCCAAAGCUUUUGGGAUUUUGUUUUUGAUAGCUAUGGAAAUAGCUAUUAGGUUCUGUCACACUUUGGAUUAGGGUCCUUGUUUUCAAAGUAGGGUUUUUGCUCUUAAUCCUUUCACAUUCUUUGUUGUUAAAAAAUGUAAAUAGCAGAAUUAUUAUUUUCCUUUUAAUAUUAAAAAGUAUUGGAAAAUGUGUUCUGGCAUUGGAACCCCAUUUACUUGAAAAAAGCAGGUACCUGAGGCUCGUAAAAGAUUUCACUCAAAAUAAAUAUGAUGGCAGCUUUUUGAACAUUUUUCUUUAUUUUGCGCCAUAGAAGCUAAAUAGGAAUGAACUGAUUUCACAAUGAGUUUCAAAAAUGUUAUUUCUACCAGCCAGGUUUGUAGGCAGUGUUUUUCCUAGGGCAAGCUUUAAUAAUUCCUAAACAUAAAAACAUGGUUUAAAUUCAGGUUUCUGCAUUGGCAGUCAUUUUUUUAGCUUAAGCUUCUAGAUUUUCAAAUUUUUUAACUAAAGUGUCUGUCACUAGUUUCCUUCAUCAAAAAAUUAAUGAUCUCAAAUCAACAGAUUUAUGUAUUUAGAGACAAUUUCAAACUCUCAAUGCUUAUUAGUUUAAAAAUAAUGCUGUCAUUUCUUUUAGUUAAUUCUCUCUUUUAGACCUUUGUACCUGAGUGCAUUUGCACUGUAGUCUGGCUUUUUAUUUUACUUUUGGAUGAACGACUUCUUUCUUGCUGAGUGGCCUUUCAGCCCAUUUUGGCUGGUUCGCACCAAAACAUGUUUGAGCCUAGGACACACAACCUGUCUCCUUCCUAAAUGGUGUGAUACCUCAACAAUCUCAUGGUAUUUAUACUUGGAUAUAAUUGUUCGACUAGAUGAACAUUGCACCUUCAUGGCAACUGAGGGUGCCAUCUUGUGAUGUCAGACAAGGAAGAGGUGUUCCCUUAAAAUGCAUCCACAGCUGUCUCCAUUUACCUCAAUUGUUGUCAAUUAGCCUAUUAGACGUUUACAAAGCCAUUACAAAGUAAUGAAAAUUACUUAAAGAAUUCUCUGUGUGAACUGUUAAUACAAAAUGCACUCAAAAAAAGAAAACUUGAUAAUUUUCUUGUUUGAAAUUAUUGCCUUCUAAGCACCACCUCCACCAUGCUUUACUGUUGUCUGCAGAUACUGUCAAAAUAAGGUGAGAUCUUUCCAUGUAAUCAAUGCAACAAUUAUUAAAUGUUCACAGUUAAAUCAAUAAAAAGUAAAAUAAG